AUGGUGAGACCUGACGCCGACGAUGUCGGUGACGAUAACUGGUAUCGCAUACAAGACCCUCGUCUUCGAAAGCGGGUGCAAGAUCGGCUAGCCCAGCGAGCUCGGAGACGGCGACUGGCGGAGUCUAAGAAGAGAGAUGGCUCUACAAGGCAGUCAUCAUCGUCAUCGAAAGAUAGCAUAAAUGACACGGAACACAGAUCUUUAUCGAUAGAGAUAUACCGUCCGAGUCCCGCUGUCACUGGUGGGUCACUGCAGGAUCAGGACUUACUGGAAGUGCCACGCUCGCCUAGCUUUUGUCAGGUCUUGAUCCCAACGUCUGAUCCCUCCAGAAGAGUAUGCAAUCAAGUCCCCAUCACGGUUUAUGCCGCACUGUGGGAGAAUGGCGCUAUGAUGGGACUUUCUUGCUCGACGAGCGUACCAGCACGAUCGUCCUCUGCGGGAAGCCAUAUCCCUGAACCGUUACAACCGACGUCAUUACAACUGACGACAAUACAUCCUCUGUGGAUUGAUAGGUUCCCUUUCCCACGUAUGCGCGACAACACCAUUAUGCUACUAGGCCUCAUUCAGGAAGACGACUUUCUCCGCGAUCUAUUCUGUAUGGAUAGUUUUGAGAUAAAACCAGGUGGUGCACCCUGGGAUCCUACGGCAUGGAAAAUUGGAAAGAACUUCCAAGAAAAAUGGGGCUAUUUGUUCUAUUAA